GCAGGACUAGCCAUUAUUAUUAGCUAAUUUGCGCAUUUCUCGAUAAAUCCCUGGUUCCAAAAAAUGGAGACUUGCCUCGGUAAAAGAUCAGUCAUUUUGAUUUGGUUUAUGGCUCUCGCUACUUUCUGCCCAUCCGCUUGGGGCGAAGUAUGCAACAAAGAACAGAAGAGAGCUCUUUUGGAGAUAAAAAACUCCACCGAUGGUCUAGCCUUCAAGGAUUUUGACGGUGGGGAUUGUUGUGAGGCAAUUGAUAAUAUCUCGUGCGAGGGGUUACUUACCAGAAUCGAUUUACGCGGUAUUGAUAUACCAAUAUCAAGGACAUGGAUCCCAAAUGUAACUUUGUUCACCUUAUUUGGUGAAUUGCAAGAGCUUUAUCUUAGCGGCAUCAACAUUGGAGGAGAGCUUCAACCAUUUUGUGAGUUGAAGAGACUCAAAUAUCUAAGGAUCUUGGACCUUCGGAAUAAUAAAUUGGAAGGCAAUAUUCCCUCUUGUCUUGGGACGAUUGAAAAACUUUCACAACUUGAUCUGUCGGGAAACCACCUUCAUGGCAAUCUACCUUCGUCAAUAUUCUCAAAUCAUAGCUCGAUUAUGGUGUUCGAUGUUUCGGAUAAUCAAUUGGACGGCAAUAUUCCCUCUUAUCCAGGGAUAAUUCAACAGUUUGAUAUUUCGAAUAAUCACUUUCAGGGUAAUGUGCCUUCAUCAAUAUUCUCUAAUCAAAGCCAGAUUUCCUUGUUCGAUGUUUCUG